AUGCUUGCGGAGCAGCGCCUCGACAAGCGGAUCUACCUCUUCGGCGUUAGCGAGCCCGUCUCCGCCGGAAUUUUGAAAGUGCUGAAAGGCACGAGUCCACCAGCAAUACCGCGAGGCUUGAUGAGCGAAGCGCGGCAGUCCAGCACCAUGGGAAGCGACUGGGACGCUGUGGAGGUGUUGACUGGGACCGACUGGAACGCGCUGGAGCAGAAGAGCGCGGGAGAGCACGCGGUGGAGCUUUACGGCUUCGUGAAGAAGUACGACAUCCAACUCCUGUCGCGACGGGCAAGGCAAUGGAUUAUGGCAGCCAUCGACCCAGGGGGCGCUGCUGGGCGGGGGAAAUGCGAGGCUGUAUUUAAUUGA